GGCUGUCAGUCGCAGUUUCCCUACUUUGCUCGCACCAUCCAGGCGGUUAGCUAUGUGACAGAGUGGCCGCUGUUUGAUCCCGGACUCCCCGCAUCUUCACCGUCCGCUCAGGAUGGACCAGAGGAGGGCUGAACACGGCCGGAACACCGGUCCGGUGUCGCUGUACGGGGAAUUCACGUUGACCGCUAACCGAAAAGUCAGGUGUGCGGUGAGCCUGACCGAGAAGGACCUCAUCGUCCAGAGGCUCAGCUCUUCUCCUGUUGGGAGGAACAAGGUGGUGCUCAGCCUGAAGGACUGCAUCGGUUGCCGGGCGUACCGGGGGGAUGACACCGCAGACCCGGCAGCUUACCUGACGAUUUUCUUCUACCCGCUCAAACGGCGCUGGAUGAGUUCCGGGGUCUCGAGGCAGAGAGCGGAGCAGUGUUUUCGUCUCACGGGUCUCCAGGACCCUCGCGCUAACCUGGAGGAGGCGGAGAAGUGGGCUCGCGCUGUCCGAGAACGCUCUGCACGGCAACAGUAUCUAAGAGACGGGGUGAUGAUGAGCGCGUUGUCCCGUCCCAGCCGGAUGAUGCUGCUGGUGAACCCACAGAGCGGGAAGGGGCCAGGCGCUCACGGCUCUACAACAACCACAAUCCAGCACAUGCUCAACGAGGCGGGGGUCACACACACUCUGGUCAUUACUGAGCGGCAGAACCACGCCCGAGAGCUGGUGAAGGAGGCCGACCUGUCGCAGUGGGACGCUCUGGUCAUCAUGUCGGGGGACGGGCUUCUGUAUGAGGUGAUAAACGGUCUGCUGGAUAGACCUGACUGGGAGGAGGCUGUCCGGACCCCUCUGGGGAUCCUUCCUGGGGGGUCGGGCAACGCCUUGGCUGCAUCCAUACAUCACUACUCUGGAGCCCCCCCGGUGUUCAGCGAGGAGCUCCUGCUCAGCUGUGGCUUCCUGCUGUGUCAGCGCCUGGUGACCCGCAUGGACCUGGUCUCCGUCCACCUGUCCUCCAGCCCCCGCCUCUUCUCCUUCCUCUCUCUGGCCUGGGGCUUCGUGGCGGACGUGGACAUCGAAAGCGAGAAGUACCGCCACACGGGAGCCGCUCGCUUCACCAUCGGCACGCUGGUGCGGCUGGCCUCUCUGCGCGUCUACAGAGGCACGCUCUCCUAUCUGCCGGUCGCCGAGGACGACGGGGAGGAGGACAACCCGCCGCUGCACCACCAGGCACCCCCCUCCAGAGAACCGCCCUGCCAGAACUCCUUCCACAACUCCUGCCACUCCAACAACUCCCUGAAGGUGAGGAAGGCGGAGAGCACGCCUUCUCGCAGCACCACCAAAGCCCCCAGCGGCCCCCUCGACUCCCUGCUGCUGCCCCUGGACCAGCCGUUGCCCGGCGACUGGGUGGUUGUGCCGGAAGAGGAUUUUGUCCUGGUACUGGCCAUGUACCAGUCCAACCUGGCGGAGGACCUGCUGGCAUCACCGGACUCCACCCCUGACGACGGCUUCAUCCACCUGUUCUACGUGACGGGGGGGAUAUCCCGCGCCGCGCUGCUGAAGCUCUUCCUGGCGAUGGAGAAGGGGUUACAUCUGGCCAGCAGCUGUCAACAUCUGGUGCACGCUAAGGUGCGGGCGCUCAGGCUGGAGCCGUCCUCCCCCAAAGGGGUGAUCACCGUGGACGGAGAGGUGGUGGAGUACGGGCCGCUGCAGGCCGAGGUGCACCGAGGGCUGGCCAGACUGAUCACUGGAUAAACAGACUUCAAGACUCGGUCCAAUAAACAUAUUUGAGCGUUUUUGAUUCAGAAAUGUCCAGGUACGGGAGCAAAGCAAUGUAAGACACGUUCACUGUUAACCGCAACGUUAUCUGCCUCAUCGGUACAGAGAAGAGGCUUCAGUAGGAAGUGUUGGGUAUGUUUGGUGCUGAUUUAUCCCGUUCAUGUGAAUAACUGGCUUCCUAUGACUUGACUGGCAGUGACUUAUGAAAUUACCAAAUAGUUGAAGGUGGGCUCCAAAGAACACAUUACACUGAGGAAAAAAGACCUGGAGCUGAAUUGUAAACAUGUUCAGAGGCUCCUGGACGGGUGGUUGAUGUUUCAGUGCCUCUGUGCUCCUCCGCUGCAUCCUCCACCCACAGGCUGUCCGUGUGGCAGAUGUAUUAACCAUCACCAAGGUGUCCUUACCAUUGAGCUUUAAGUCACGUAGAGGAGACGAUGCCUCAGACUUCGGCCUACGGGGCAGCAAAGUCAGAUUUUAAAAUGUGUUUUUAAUUGUAAUCCAAAUCUCUUCUGAGGUUUGUUUCAUUCAUUGGACAAAAAAAAGACGUGAACACAAUGAAAUCAGUUUGAAUCAAAGAGAAAUGAACUCCGAGUGGCCUUAAACAGGGAGGGGGGAAGCUGGUGAAAACAGCAUGAUGGUGAGUGUAUGGAGAGGGGAGAGAGAAGAGGGGAGGGGGAGAUAUCAACUUGUUAAAUGCUGCAUGAGGUAGACGAAUUAUGUUGCAGACACAGCACCGUUAUUCUUCAUCCUCACCACAGGAAAUCAUUUGGGAGCUUUAGCAAAGUGUCCUGACGCUCAGAGAGAGGAGUGGGUUUCACCUCGAGGCCAACGCACAGGGACAGUAACUGUACAUUAGGAAAUAAGGGGAGGGGGAUUUCAACAUUAACACCACAGCUUGUUAUUUCAGUUAUGCAUAAUAUGUUUUAUUUAAUCAGCAUGCCACAUGUAUGUUUGACAGUGUAAAGAAUUGACUUGUUAAAGACCAAAAAUAUUGUAUUUAAAAUGAUUAUUAUUUUUACAUGAUUUUGCACAAUGUUAGUUUGGUGCCAACGCCAUUUUGAAGCCUUUAUGGGACAUGGAGGUCCAUUUUCUGUUAUUUUGUCUAAAUUAUGUUUACUCGAGUUCAGCAGACGAGCUGGAAGCACAUACGAUGGAAACCAUACUUGAAGACGCACCUUCCCAAUUAGAUUUUGCUGUUUUAUGGAGAAAAUGUGAUCUGUAGCACCAACACCGGAGGUCUGGCUACUGACUGUUAAAGUGGACAGAGUGUUGAUCCAUCACAAACCUUUAUUUGCAUGGUACCCCUUAAAAUGAAGCAAGUAUGCCGACGUGUAAGUUCAACCAAAGAGAGAAAGAUGACAUGAAAUGUAGUGGCCUUAAGAUGUAAAAUCAUCCUAAAUUAAUAAUAAAUAAUCCUUAUUAAUACAAACAAAUGAUUGGGUUGAACAAAGUAAAAUCAUCUUAACUUUGUGUAGGAAAAAUAAUAUGUGUUCGCAUUUUGUUUGGGAUCCACAGAUGUAAGGAAAAAUACAUGAUAUUAUAUUUGUUUUCCCACAGUGCUACUGACCCCAAACACUUGAAUACAUGUUAUGUUCUGAGCUGGGUGUCUGUGAUGCAGUGAUCCUCUGUCUGUGUGCCUUGAUGUGCUGCCCCCUGCUGGCCUCAACAUGCUGGUGCAUCCUUUAGGAAAUACACUCAUUUUCCCAACCUCAGUUACAAAUAAAUUCGAUUGGGAAGGUUAAGGUAGUCAAACAUUUGCACUUAUAUCUGAAAAAAGGUGUAAUUUUGGCACAUUUGGACUCAAACUGUUAUUACUAUGGUGACACCUUCCUUAACUUCAGCUUCUCACGAGGAAGAAACUGGAGCGACAGAAUGAUCCAGUUUCUCUCUAGGUCAGAAAAUAUAAAUGAGUUGAAUCAGACGGAUAUGUUACAGAUGAUGAAGGACCUGAUGUUCAUUUUGUAGAAGAGAGACAUUAACUCCGUCUGAUGGUUGCUCUUAUCGUGUUUACCUGCUGCUUAUUAACUGUUGUCUUUGUUUGAGGUGAAGGGAGGAACUCCUUUUAUUUGUCUGGCACACUGAAUAUUGAAAUUAUUGAUUCUUUAUUCUCGAGAGAUCUAUUUUUCCAUUUGACAAAUGUCUGUAUUUUUUUCUACUAUAAAAUCAAACAUUCUGCUUGAGUGUUUCGGAUUGGAAAAUAAAUCAUGAAAAAUGAA